GACCAGGGAAUGACGGUCGUGAGUGAGGUAUAAAUAGCUAGUGAGGAGCCUCACCCAGCACAGUCCGGCUCACACCUACACACAGUCAUCAUGAAGGCUCUGGUUGUUUUGGCAGUGAUGGGCGUGUGCUCCGCCUCCACCUAUCAGGCCUACGACCAUGGCCACCACUACGGCGUCCCCGUCCAGCCCAGGUGGACGGGUCCUGUGGCUGCCACCGUCCCCGCCGGCGUCGACGGCAAUAUCAUCCAGGUUCCUGACACCUACGAAGUCGCCGCCGCUAAGAAUGCUUUCUUCAGGGCCUACCAGAACCAAGUGGACACUAUUCGUUCCCGUCGUUAUGGUACCCCAGGCUACGCCUCCGUUCCUCCCGUCGCCUACGCUCCUGUUGUCAACACCUUUACCCCCGUCGUCCCUUCCCAGUCUUAUGGAGUACCAUCCGUUCCCACCGUUCCCGGCGUCCCCGCGACUACCUACGGCUAUAACGUCGCCCCCGGCCCGGUCCAGGACACUCCUGAGGUGGCCGCCGCCAAGGCUCAGUUCUUCAGAACCUUCGAGAGGCAGGCAGCAGCGGCAGCCGCUGCGCCUGACCACUACACCCGCUACUGAGUUGGACUGUCGGAUCAGCCUUCGAGACCCAACCCUUCGUUAUUGUAAUUAGAAAUUUCCCAAAUUUAUCCAAAUAAGAUUGACUCCUGUUUAAUUACAAUAUUCAGUAACAGUUAUCACAAAAUGAUUUACCAAGUUCCUUGAUAUAUGUUAAUAAUAAAGGAAGACGGAGAAAA